AUGGCAUCUUGCUCUGAUGAUGUCUGUCACGACGAUACAGACGUAAGCUUAGCACAGUUUCAUCGGGGUCGCAGGAUGGUGAGCCGAGGUUUUCUUCGCGCAAUCCAACAGUCUUCCAUACGCGGAAAUCUUUCUACGGUUUUCGAUUUCAAACUGAUACCCCUCAAUUUUAUUUUGAAGUCCGUCAAACAUUCUAACGGGGCUUUGCCCUUCAUGACCAACGGCGCCAUUCCGAGAACUCCGGAAACGUCGCGUUCUUCUGUAAAGACUGAAUCGGAUAUCUCGGGACCACAGCAUCAGGAUCUAUUGGAUCAAAUGGCUGGUCGCCUUGCCACUGUCUUGCCAACGUAUGCAAGACCUCUUUUCAUCCGUAUCUCUCAGGCCAUCGAGAUGACAGCCGUAGGCUGA